UAGGGGCUUAUCGGGAAUGAAGAGGCCGCUGCCGUGCGCUUAUCUCACUCGGCCACAUUGCGGCCUGUGUUCCGCUCCCCAUACAGAGGGAGCGCACUGGAUGCGGCGGGGAAUAACUCAGCUGCACACACACACACGCAAACACGCACACACACACACACACACACUGCUUCACAACCUGCAGGAGGGGAGAAAGAAAAAAAAAAGAAAAAGCUCAGACAUGGAUGACCCGCUCACAAAAUGGCUCCACUUACAGAGUAACAUCAACAACACGGCUGGAACGGUCUCCGACAACUAGGUUAGAAAUUAUUUUUCCAUGACUACACAGAUACGAUGACGAUUUAAUUAAGGGAGAAAAAAAAUCUAGUUAGUAUCAUUUUGAUUUGGGACUCUAAGAGAGUUGACGGUAUCAAAAAUGAUGGAAAAACGGGAGCACGAGCUUUUUCCUCGAAGUCCCGACGCGGGAUCGGGUCCUGGAAAGCGCGAGGACUCCGCCAUCAUCUCCAGACAGAACGGAUACAAGAAGGACGAGGAGCCGCGGCGAGAAAAGGGGGGAGAAGAAGAAGAGGAGGAGGUGGGAGAGGAGGAGGAAGGGGGAGAUGGGGAGAGGAGAAGGAGGAAGAGGAGGAGGGGAGGUUGCUUCAAAGGGGCUGAGGAGACGGAUGACGUUCCUCUGCAGAACUCGAGCAACGGGACCAGCAUCAGCAUCAACGGCGUUGCCAGGGAAACUGCCUCUCACAACGCCCUUAACCUGAAAAGGGAAGUGCCGGUGAUCGAGCUCUCCAGGAGGGACGCUAUAAAGGCGCUGGAGCAGAGGACCGAGAACCAUUUGGUGCCGAUCACGGAACUUCGCAGACCCCCACCGCCGCAGCUGCUGCCGCCGCAACGAGACGACGCUCGAAUGGUCCAACUGAGCCCCAACGCGUUUCCUGUCCCGGCCCGGGCAAUGCUCUACAACCUGGCGCAGCCUCUUGCCGCCAUCAACAGUCUUGGAGGAGAGUCGGAGCAGUACAGCAUGUACCCCAGCAACAGGGUAAAGCGCCGCCCGGCGCCUUAUGAGGUUGAACUCGACGAGGCUGGGCAGCCAAAGAUUGUCCGCCGCAUCUUCACAAACAGCCGUGAGCGUUGGCGGCAACAGAAUGUAAACGGCGCGUUUGCAGAGCUGCGGAAACUCAUCCCCACUCACCCUCCAGACAAGAAGCUGAGCAAAAAUGAGAUUCUGAGACUUGCUAUGAAGUACAUUAGCUUCCUCUCCAACCUUCUGGAGGAUCAGGAUGGGGGGAGGAACGUUGGUAGCACAACUGAUGGGGACACGGGGCUUCUGGUUGGUGUUGCGACUCACGAGGGAGGCCCUCAAGGGACACCACAUCAGGAAACCAUGACGAGCUUGGCGAGGGAUGAUCUUCUAGAGACGAUGUCACCGAGCUCUAGCUGCGGAAGCCUACCGGACGGCGAUGCAGAAGGGAGUCCUGAGAGCUUCAUGGAGGAGCAGGACUCGCCUCCAGCUCCGAGGACUCUAACAGCCUCACGUGGGCCCUCACUGCAUCUAUCGGCUAGGGAUCUGAGGCGCAAUGGACGCCCAUUAGAUGGUUCCACUCGCCGAUGAUGCUGAUGCCAAAAGACCACAAACACAACUAAAAAUCAAUUAGGGAAAGAACAUGAAAGUGGAUGACAUCAGAACCAUGUUAUCCUUUGAGUCAUCAAUUUAGCAAGAAGAACCACAGCACAUGUGAAGAGAAGGUGAUUCCUAAAAUAGAUUGUGGGUGUGCUCUGUCUCCAGAGUGCAUGAAACAGCACUGAUGUGCACUGUGGUUGAAUUUGACCCGAAAGACUUGUAAAUUCUGCAUGUCUCAUGUCCUUGACCAGCCUGCAAAUGGUGAUUUUGUUGCGUGUUUUAAAACUCCAAAGACACUCUGAAAAUAUCUAAAUAAAAGCACAAGGAAAACAAUUUUGAACCCUAAACAUUCAAGAGAUGAUCAGUGGAAAACAUUUUUUUUAAUGUGUAAACUGAGCAUCAGUGCCUCGUUUUGAUUACAAAACGGUGCGUCGCAGAUGGAUUCAUCUUGCUUACCCUGUGUCACAAAGAAAUCAAUCAAAAAUAAUUAAACGAAAAAAUAUUUGAUCAAGUUUGAGAUGUUACAUUUGGAAGAACAGUUCA